ACAUGGCUUGUUACCUGGUCAUCAGUUCCAGACACCUCAGGAAUGGCCAUUACCGUGGUAUUAAAGGAGUCUUCCGGGGACCCCUGUGCAAGAAUGGCUCACCCUCACCGGAUGAUGCAGAAAAGGAGAAGACCACAGCCAAAGCUCUGGAAGAUGUCAAAGCCAACUUCUACUGUGAGCUGUGUGACAAGCAAUACCACAAGCACCAGGAGUUUGAUAAUCACAUUAAUUCUUACGACCACGCCCACAAGCAGAGACUGAAAGAAUUGAAACAACGGGAAUUUGCUCGAAAUGUAGCUUCUAAGUCAUGGAAAGAUGAGAAGAAACAAGAAAAAGCCCUCAAGCGGCUACACCAGCUGGCUGAAUUAAGACAGCAGUCUGAAUGUGUUUCUGGAAGUGGACCAGUAUUUAAGGCACCAAGAGUGGCUCCAGAGAAGCAGUUCCAACAAGAAGUUAUCCCAUUUAAGGAAGGCAGAAAUGCAGGAUAUAUGAAGAGCUCUGUUCUCCUUAAAGGUAAAAACGUCCCCAGAAGCAUUUCUAGCAAACGUCAACUUACACAAAAUCAGCGCUCACGUCAAACUGAAAGACAUUUUUUGUUUGGAAGUCGGGUCCUACAACCACUUUCUGAUGGCAGCAAUCCCUGUCACAGGACUGGGGUCUCUUUCUCCUUCUCCAAAAAAACUCAUCUAAAAUUGGAGUCCUCUGCAUCAGUUUUCAAUGAAAACACAGAAGAAACAUGCGAGUGCACCAAAUCACCCACCCACAAAAUAAAACAAACAACGGUGAGCUGGAAGGGUUAUACUUUUUCAGAUGGAGAGAAGCCACACACUGGAGGGAAAGUAAUAAAUAAUCCCCGAAAUCAUAUUGAAAAAAUAAUCUCCAACACUGUUCCUCUAAGAACUAAAGUUUUAAAGGACAAAAAUGACACUCAUGAUAGGAUACUACAGGACUCCAUCAACGUCCAUUCUUCCAUGUCCAAAUCCCAUAUUCAUCUUUCAGGUAUAGAUUUUAAUUCUUCAUUUAAAGAAAAAGAUCAUGGAGAAGAAAUGAAUGAGGUUGAAGACUCUCCAAAAGGCCAUAGCUAUCAUCUGUAUCAAACAAAUACCUUUUGCACACCACCGAACACAUAUAAGCACAGUGAAUAUAGGUUAUUUGAGUGUCUGAAUGAGUUCUCACCAUCAACGGGAAAAGAACAUUCAAUUAAGCUAAAUCCUAGCUCCAAAAUGGACAACAGAAUAAAAUCUAUCGAAGAAGCAGGGACAGCUAAAAGAAAUGUGGAAACACUGGUAAAAGAUACAUUAAUGCAUGGAGAAGAUUCCAAAGCAUUGCCUUUCCUCCAUGUGCUCAGUAAAGAUGGCAGCACCAACCUCCAGUGGCCCACAGAGCUUCUGUUAUUUACAAAGACAAAACCUUGCCUCUCUUAUGGCUGCAACCCAUUGUAUUUUGACUUCAAACAUUCUCAAAACACAAAAGGAGCUAAUAAACAGAAUGAAGAGAACACAGAAUGUUGUAUGGAGGCUUCUGGGACUAAUACAGAACAGGAGAGUCAAGCCUCGGGAUUAAUCAAAGACAAACGGAUAGUGAUACAAGAAGAUAAUCAGUCACUGAAACCAAAGAAAAUGAAAUGUAAUCUUGAUGAGAAAUGUUCCCUGAAAAAGUAUCAAUCAGGCCUCAAUAACUCUGAGCCAAAUGUGAAUGAACAGGGAGAUAGUGGAAAAAAUCCUAAAGUGCCUGCUCAUCUUGAUGCCUCUAAAAAGGAUUGUGUAGUCGAGAGGCAUCCAUGUGAAACAGAAUCCAUGGGACCUUUGAAGGACCAUUUGCAUGGUUGCCAAAGGGUAACUCUGAGUGAUACCAGUGAGGUCAAGUGCUUUUCAGCCUAUGUCUCUAGGACUAAAAAACAUAAAUCUGCUACAUGGGAUACUCGUUUGAGGUACAAAUGUCAAAACCAAGACUCUUGGACAUUCAGUUCCAGUCUAGCAGAAUGCAUCACUACUGCUGCAAGUGAUGGUGGGAAGGACUUCCAUGGAAAUAUGAAUGAAAAUCACCUUCAAGUAGUCCGAGAGUCGUCAGAAUGCAAAAGGAAUGGAAGUUCUGAUAGAUGUUGGAAAUCCUCCUCUCCAAAGUCAUCACUGGACAGACAGUCUAGCUCUUCUGACAUCUCUCUUUAUAGCACAAGCAGCCACAGGAGCACUUGCUCAAGUCAAAGAUCCAGUGAAAGUGGCAGAGACGGUUUGUCUUAUGUGUGUAGAAAGGAAUGCCAUCCCAAGGAAUGGCACAAAGAAUGGUCAAGUAAGCACAACUUUCUGUCUUGUUCCAAUGAGGAUGAAAGGAGUAGCCAUUCCCCAUCAAAAAGUCAGAGAGGGGAAAACUGCAAACUCUGGAGUGGAUUUAGAAAUGAAAAACAAUCAAAAUAUAGGUAUACUCACAACAGGGAUAAGUCAAGGCAGGGCAAGACUAGACACUUAUGUCUAGGCCCAAAAGCCAGCAAACUUAUGGAGGACCCCAGCACCCACAGUUGUUUCACAAGACAUUCUAGGCAUAGUGACAGAUCCCCUGAAAAUUCAGGAAUCUGGGAUAGAAAUUCAGGCUCUUUCUUAAGGGAGAAGACUGAUUAUCCAAACAAAGACAGUGAGAUUCAUGGGGACAUAGUAAACCAUUAUGGUUCCAACCUGGGAAAAGUAAAUCUUGUACCAUAUACCUCUGACCUGAUCAACUGGCCACAGCGAGAUGGCGACAGUGGAACUUCAAUGAUCCCAGAGCCGCACAUUUCAGAAGGAGAGAAAACAUCAUCGACAGCCCUAAGACGUUCAGAUGGAGAGCGCCCAGAGAAAUAUCAGGAACAAACUAACAAGGGUGAGGUCUUUUCGGAUGGCUGCCAGAUGGAAGUGGAGGAUCCCUCACAAAGUCACUUUGCAAUUAAGUUCCCAGCUCCCGUACAUAGCCCACCAGUGUUCCCUUUGUUUGAAGAAACGCAGAACAUAAAUAAAGUUGCCAAGAAUAAAGGCAGUUUGAUUCAAAGAAGUGCUGAGAGAGACAAGGAUGAAGGAUCACAGACAAAGAACGAUGUUGCUUUGUCAGACAUUGGUGAUGAGAAUAAUGUUUUAAAAGGUAUAAUUCAAAUAGGAACAGAUUAUCGGUCCCCAAACAUCAAAACGAACACUGCUCCAAAAGAACAAUUGAGCUGCUUAAUUAGUGGAACUCAAUCUUUUAUACAAAGCUCUGACCCAGUACCAAAUAAUUUCCCUGGUGCUCCACCAUCUAUUAGGUAUUCUAGUGUUGUUAAUUCAACAGAGACCAAAGAGGAACAAAAAAAUUUAGAGCGACAUGAUGUAAGCAUGGACAUGAAUGAAGUAGAAGGGAACAUCAGCUCUUACUUUGACAGUACUAUGCAGAAGUAUGGUGAACCAGAACGGGAAGCCUACCACAAAUCCAUCUCCCCACCUUUAACACAGCAGCCCAUCACCUUUACACCUGAUGAAAUAGACAAAUACAGGCUACUUCAGCUGCAAGCCCAGCAGCAUAUGCAAAAGCAGUACCUGUCCAAACAUCUUAAAGCCACAGGCCCCCCUGCCUUCUCCUCUGCCACUGCGAUGCCAUCAGUGCCAGUCCAUCAGCACACGUCCAUUACAACCAUCCAUCAUACUCUUUUGCAACACUUUGCUGUCUCUGCUUCCAUGAGUCCUCAUGGAGGUCACCUCCCUAUAGCUCACCUGCAUCCCCUCUCUCAAGCACACUUUACCCCUCUCUCAUUUUCACCUCUGACUCCCGCCGUCAUCCCUACACACCCCACGUUCUUGACUGGGCACCCCCUCCAUCUAGUCCCUGCUACCCACAUUCACCCGUCCCACUUAGCCCUCCAGCCAUUGCCUCACGCUGCCUUUAUUCCAACUUUGUUCAGGCCCCACUUGAAUCCAGUGACAGCUUCAAUCAUUCAUCUGAAUCCUUUAAUUCAACCUGUGUUUCAAGGGCAAGACUUUUGUCAUCAUUCUUGCUCUGGUCAAAUACAGCAGUUCAAUAGAGUAAAAGAAGUGUUGAAUGUUUCUGCACACUUGAACUAA